AUGAUGAUAUUCUUCUGGAACAGCAUAUUCAACGGCUCUGGUGUGUCCAACCACGAGCUCUUCCCACGCAAGAUCUGGCAGACCUGGAAGGUUGAUGUGCUGGAUUUUGAGGAAAAACAUCUCAAAGUCGCUCGUUCGUGGACGAAUGUCAAUCCGAGCUUUCGAUAUGAGGUCUUGACGGAUCAGAAUAGUCUUGCUUGGGUCGAAUACAACUUUGGACCCGACCGGUUCAACCGCCUAGACAUCAUCUACAUGUACAAAGAGAUCACCGCGAAAAUCAUCAAGGCCGACCUUCUCCGCUACCUUGUCAUGUACGUCGAGGGAGGAGUUUACACCGACAUCGACGUCGAAGCCAUUCGUCCUGUCCAGAGAUUCAUCCCAGAAAGAUGGAAUGAGAGGGACAUUGACAUGGUCGUCGGUGUGGAAAUCGAUGAGCCAGAGUGGAAGGACCACCCAAUCCUGGGACCGAAAAGCCAGUCUUUCUGCCAAUGGACAUUCAUGUGCAAGCCACAACUACGCGUCAUGAUGGACCUCGUCGAAAACAUCAUGGAUUGGCUCAGAGACGAGGCGACCAAGCAACGCGUACCCAUCGGCGAGAUAAAACUCGACUUCGACCAAGUCAUCAGCGGCACCGGACCAUCAGCCUUCACAAAGGCAAUCUUGGCCGACAUGUCACGCAAAACCGGACGUGACAUCACAUGGAACACUUUCCACAGCCUUGACGAGUCAAAAGUGGUGGGCAACGUACUCGUCCUGACCGUAGAAGCUUUCGCAGCAGGACAAGGCCAUUCAGACUCGGGCACGCACGACACAAAACAAGCUCUCGUAAAACACCACUAUCACGCAUCUCAAUGGCCCAAAUCGCAUCCCAGAUACAAACACCCCAUCUUCGGCGAGAUCGAGGAAUGCAACUGGAAACCGGAAUGUGUGCAUAGAUGGGACGAAGACAAGGCAGCCUUCGAGGCUCUAGACCCCGCCGAACAAAAAAGACGGAUCGACGAAAAACUGGCCAAAGACAAGAUCGAAGAGGAGGAAAAAAGACUAGAAGAGGAAAGAAAGCAUGAUGCCGAUCGAGAACAGGCCGAUAAAGAUAGGGGUGCCAAAGCAGAGCAGUUUGAAGCAUUUUUGAAGUACUCGGAGGAGCUUAGGAACAAGCAAGAUCACAGAGAUUGA